UGUUUGACAGAUGAUGUCUCAGGCUGAGGGCCAGCAGAGAGACUUGAUCAGGAGCAUAGAAUGCCUUCCUGUCUCUGGUCACCUUACAUCCUUGGAUCAAGACCUAUUAAUGCUCAAAGCAACUUCCAUGGCAACUAUGAACUGCUUAAAUGACUGUUUCCAUAUUCUCCAGUUACAACAUGCUUCUCAGCAGAAAGGAUCCUUACCAGCAGGAACAACGAUCAGUUGGUUGGAACCUAAGAUAUCACUGGCAAACCACUUCAAAAAUGGAGCAGCUCAGAAUUUCCCAGCAGAGGUAAACAAGCCAGCAUCUGUCAGAGAAGAGCAGUCCACUGCAGAGCCCUGCCAGCUAACAAGGGAACCUGAAGAAAUAAAUCCAGAUGAGGAGCUGGAGGAUAUCUGUGAUAAUAAAGAAGAUGAUCUUGGAGCGGUGGAAGAACAGCGUAGUGUUAUCCUGCAUCUCUUGUCUCAGCUGAAACUUGGCAUGGACUUAACAAGAGUGGUUCUUCCCACUUUUAUUUUAGAGAAGCGAUCGUUGCUGGAGAUGUAUGCGGACUUCAUGUCCCAUCCAGAUCUCUUCAUUGCAAUCACAAAUGGCACUACCCCUGAGGAGAGGAUGAUCCGCUUUGUUGAGUAUUAUCUCACUUCGUUUCAUGAAGGUCGCAAGGGAGCUAUUGCAAAGAAACCAUACAAUCCAAUCAUUGGGGAAACAUUUCACUGUUCCUGGAGGAUACCGAAGAGCGAUGUAGCCACUGAGGCUGGCAGUAACUUCUCUGCUCACUCCCCCUCAGAGCAAGUAACUCUGUCUAAAGAUACGGAGGGCCAAACAGAGCUGGACUACUAUACAGUAAAAUUUGUAGCCGAGCAAGUGUCCCACCAUCCUCCUGUCUCAGGGUUUUAUGCUGAAUGUGCAGAGAGAAAGAUGUGUGUUAAUGCCCACGUCUGGACAAAAAGUAAAUUCUUAGGAAUGUCAAUAGGAGUGACGAUGAUUGGUGAGGGUCUCUUAAGUCUCCUGGAACAUGGGGAAGAAUACACGUUCUCUCUGCCCUGUGCGUAUGCUCGGUCAAUUUUAACUGUUCCCUGGGUAGAACUGGGAGGAAAAGUCAACAUUAACUGUGUGAAAACUGGGUAUUCUGCAAGUAUUAACUUUCACACCAAGCCCUUCUAUGGUGGCAAAUUGCAUCGAGUCACAGGUGAAGUGAAGCAGAACACGACGAACACAGUGGUGUGCAGAGUGCAGGGGGAGUGGAACAGCGUACUUGAGUUCACCUACAGCAACGGGGAGACAAAAUACGUGGACUUGACAAAGCUGUCGGUGACUAGAAAACGAGUCCGGCCCCUUGAGAAACAAGGACCAUUUGAAUCUAGGAAGCUGUGGCAGCAUGUAACAGAGUCUCUGCGGGAUGGAGACAUUGAUAAGGCUACAGAGCACAAGCGAGCCCUUGAAGAACGACAGAGGAACGAAGAGAGGCUUCGUACUGAAACAGAAACACCCUGGUGUACUAAAUACUUCCUUAAAGAAGGAGAUGGCUGGGUUUAUCAUAAACCCCUCUGGAAAACAGUCUGUGCUGCACAAACUCAGCAAACGGACAUUAACUAG